AUGGAUCUACCACCGGGAUUUAAAAACAGAGGAGGCAAAGGGAAGGUUUGCGGAUUGAGGAAGUCCUUGUAUGGACUCAAGCAAUCUUCAAGAGCUUGGUUUGAACGCUUUGGAAGGGUGAUAAAGAGUCACGGCUACAAUCAAGGCCAAGCUGACCACACUAUGUUCUAUAGACACACUGACGGAGACAAAGUAGCUAUACUUAUUGUUUAUGUUGAUGAUAUUAUUUUGACAGGAGAUGAUAGCAAUGAAAUCGAGAGAUUAAAGAAGAUUCUUGCUAAGGAGUUUAAGAUCAAAGACUUAGGUAACUUGAAGUACUUUCUUGGAAUGGAGUUUGCAAGGUCAAAUAAAGGUAUAUUUGUUUCUCAGCGAAAAUAUAUUCUUGAUUUACUUGGAGAAAUAGGUUUAUUAAGGUGUAAAGCUGCAGAGACACCCAUAGAGCCGAAUCUAAUACUCCAACCCGCUAACCCUGAAGAAGUAAUCAACAGAGAACAAUACCAAAGAUUGGUAGGGAAACUCCUAUCUCUCUCUCAUACAUGGCCUAACAUAGCCUUUGCAACAAGUGUGGUAUGCCAGUUUAUGCACUCAUCAGGACCUGAACAUUUUGAAGCCGUUUACAAAUUUUUAAGGUACCUAAAGGGGACACCAGGUAAAGGCCUUUUAUUUGGAGGAUAUGGAAAUUUACAAGUUGAAAUAUACACUGAUGCAGAUUGGGCUGGAAGUGUCAUUGAUAGAAGAUCAACUUCUGGUUACUGUACAUUUGUUGAAGGAAAUUUAGUAACAUGGCGCUGCAAGAAACAAAGUGUGGUGGCAAGAGAGUAG